AUGGCCGAACCUCAGGCAAUGUACGCCACGGACGAGUACGGCCGUCCGUUCAUAAUCCUCCGGGAACAGGCCAAGAAGACUAGGACUCACGGCGUAGAGGCUAUCAAGUCGCACAUUCUGGCCGCGCGCACGGUCGCGAACAUCAUCCGCACAUCCCUCGGUCCAAGAGGUCUCGACAAGAUCCUCAUUUCUCCUGACGGCGAAAUCACCGUAACAAACGAUGGUGCGACUAUCUUGACUCAGAUGGAGGUGGAGCACCAGAUCGCGAAGCUCUUGGUACAGCUCUCAAAAAGUCAGGAUGAUGAGAUCGGAGACGGGACGACGGGUGUAGUCGUUCUUGCGGGUGCACUCCUUGAGCAGAGUGAGGAGCUGCUGGACCGUGGCAUCCAUCCCAUCCGGAUAGCAGAUGGUUUCGACCGAGCGUGUGCGGUCGCGGUCGAGCACCUCGAUCGCAUCUCAGAUGAGGUCAAGUUCACACCACAGGAUACCUCAAAUCUCUUGAAGACAGCAAUGACGAGUUUGGGGAGCAAAAUUGUAUCGAAAGAGCACCAACAAUUCGCGGAAAUCGCGGUACAAGCUGUCAUGGCCGUCGCUGACCUCGAGCGGAGAGACGUCCCCUUCGAUAUGAUCAAGGUCGACGGCAAAGUCGGCGGCUCGCUCGGCGACACCACCCUCAUCCGCGGUGUGCUCAUCGACAAGGACAUGUCGCACCCGCAGAUGCCCAGCACCGUGCGCGACGCGAAGCUCGCGAUCCUCACGUGCCCGUUCGAGCCCCCGCGGCCGAAGACAAAGCACCAGCUCGAGAUCACGAGCGCGGAGGAGUACCGCAAGCUGCGCGAUUACGAGAAGGAGAAGUUCGCGGACAUGAUCAAGCGCGUCAAGGACACCGGCGCCAACCUCGUCAUCUGUCAGUGGGGCUUCGACGACGAGGCGAACCACUUGCUCAUGCAGAACGACCUCCCUGCUGUGCGGUGGGUCGGUGGUCCGGAAAUCGAGCUCAUUGCGAUCGCAACAAAUGGUCGCAUCGUUCCCCGGUUUGAGGACCUCACGGCGGCGAAGCUUGGCAAGGCCGGUCUGGUUAGGGAGCUCACCUUCGGCACAACACGGGACAAGAUGCUUGUCAUCGAGGAAUGCGCCAAUGCCCGGACAGUCACCGUGUUCGUGCGGGGGAGCAACAAAAUGAUCGUGGACGAGGCGAAGCGCGCGCUGCACGACGCCAUCUGUGCCGUCCGAAACCUUGUUGUGGAUGGCCGAGUGGUCUACGGUGGUGGUGCCGCAGACAUCAGCUGUUCGUUGGCUGUGAGCAAAGCCGCGGAUGAGAUCCCUUCGAUUGAGCAGUAUGCGAUGCGCGCAUUCUCCUCUGCCUUGGACGCCAUUCCCCUUGCCCUCGCCGAGAACAGUGGUUUGUCGCCAAUUGAGACCCUCGCGGAGGUCAAGAGCAGGCAAGUUAAAGAGGGCAAUUCAAUGCUCGGAAUUGACUGUAUGGGCAAAGACGAGAAUGACAUGAAACAGCAAAAUGUGUAUGAUCCGCUGAUCUCGAAGAGGCAACAGUAUUUGCUCGCGACUCAACUCGUUCGGGCUGUGCUCAAAAUCGACGACGUCAUUGUGGCGGGAGAAGCAGACGCAGAGUAA